AUGUGGCAACAUCGUUCACUGAAAGAGGACCCGUUGAGGUCGGACGUCAGAUUCUCUCUGCCUGCCCUGUCCACCAGCAAAAACCUGUUGAGCAGCAGACCACAGCUUCACAGCAACAAAGUGCUGAAGCUUGGCGAGGAAACCAUCUGUUCCCUGGGUGAAGAUAUUUCACGGAUCCCCUCUGCCACUCGAAGCACAAUGAGGCAUCUCAACUCUCGGCAUAUUGAAGUCAGCCAGUGGCAAUCCCAGAUAUCUGAGAGCAUCGGCCGAGUGGAUCGGGAAAUCACUGCAGUGGAGCAGGUGAAAGACGCUGCUGAGUGCUGCCUCCAGGAGAAGCAGCUGUACAGUCAGCUCAUGAGAGACUGUGUGGCCAUCAGUAACAGUUUGAGCUCCGCAGGCCAGAGGCAGGGCCGUGUUCUCACUGAGCUGAAGAAGGAAGAGCAGCUGAACGAAGAGAUCAGAGAACUGCUGCAGAAGCAGAUCUGCAUCCUGCUCGACAAACUAAGCUCCCUGAAAGUGAUCCACACUCAGCUGCUGACAGAUUUUCGGGACAAGAGUGAAGCCAUUAAGCUCACCACCAGAUGUAUCGCCCUUGACGUCAACAGCCCAAGCUCCCAGCUCCCUACUGGUCAAUACAAACCCAACUAUGUGAGCUAUAAAGAGUGGUUGUCCCACUGCAGGAACCUGAGGCUGUCGGCCGAAAACCUGAUCAAGGACUCCUCUUCCUUCAGGGGAAACCUGCGUUUUACUCUGGUCAAUCUAAAAAAUGCCCAUGAGCGCCAGCACCGCAUCACAGAUGAUGCCAUGAGAAAGAAGUUCAAUAAGCUGGCCAGGGUCCAGGAUACACUGAUCUGGGAGAGGCAGCGGACAAGGGAUGAGAUUUCUGAUCUGACAAAGGACAUACAGAAAGUGUCAGUUCAGAUCAGUAACUGUACCUCCAAGCUGCAUCAGGCCACCCACCGCCUGGACAUCCUCCACCAGAGGCCCAGACGUGAGCUCUGCCUGGACCAGCCUCUCUUCAGCGUCAGGCUGGAGAAACAUGACCUGGAAAUCAUGGCAGCUGGACUUCGCCCCAUACUGAAGCGGUCUCAGCAGGACCUUGAGGUCACAUGCAGGCGCCUGAUCAUUCUGGAUAACAAACUGGCCAACAAUGUUUGUACCAUGGAGUUGGAGCAGAAGUGCCAGAACCUGCACCAUAGUUUCCUUCCUGCGCUCGACACCACUGUGAUCCUCACCAACAAGCCCAGGUUCCACACGGGCCGCUCCAGCGCUCUCUCCUACUUACAGUAG